AUGCCGCCGAUGCGCCGCGGCCCCAGCUCACGGCUGGUUCGUAUCACCGCCGUUGCCUUCUUUAUCGGCCUGUACCUGCUCGCCUGUUACUAUAUCGACCCACGCGGCGUCUUCCACAAGGAGCCCGAUUUCGACGAGUUCGAGGAGGAACUGCCCAAAAAGUCUACGCCGGUGAAGUCGCAAACGUUGGUCCCUCUCGAGGCCCAUAUUAUGAGCAAGUGCCCGGAUGCAAGGGACUGCCUUCGGGAUCUGGUGCUUCCUACGAUGGUGCGCGUGCAUGAUAAGGUCAAUUUUACACUGUCGUUCAUCGGGACGCCGACUGACAACGACGGCGUCGCCUGCAAGCAUGGCCCGGAAGAGUGCCUCGGCAACAUCAUCGAGCUAUGCGCCCAGAAGCUCUACCCCGAGCCCAAGGCCUUCCUCGGCUUCACCAUGUGCCUGACGCGCGACUACAAGCACAUUCCGCAGCGUAGCCUGAUCGAGGACUGCGCGCUGGAGCACGCUCUCGAUUUUAACGCCCUCAACGAGUGCGCCACACGCGAGAAUGGCGCCUACGGCGUCGGCAUGCUGCGCGAUAGCGUGCAGCGGACGGCUAAUGUAAGUUGUGGUCUUGGGUAUCUACAAAUAACAAGCUAA